GGCCCAGGUAAGCGCAGCCGUUGCAGAGGCAGCGCGUCGCGGCCAUGGCGGAGUCCCAGCUGCUGUGUCUAGACAACCAGCACGUCAACGAGAAGGUCCCGGAGUCCCGGCCGGAGUUCUACUACAGCGAGGAGCAGCGGGCCGCGCUGGAGCAGCUGCUGCGCCACGGGGACGGAGCCUUCAAGAUGCGCCUGCAGGAGGACAACAUCCGGGACUUCCUGUGCGCCAGGGAGGUCCGGGCCAUCCGGGAGAGCUUCCAGGAGUACGACCUGGACAGCGAGCCGGAGCCCGGCGAGCCGGACAAGCCCAAGGAGGCCACCAGCGCCGACUCCGGGGUCCACUCCACCUACUGGCCGCAGAUGUCCGACACCGAGGUGCCGGCGCUGGACAUCGGCUGGCCGGCCUGCAGCGGCGUGUACAAGGGGGUGACCCGGGUGUCCGUGUACACACACCCGCCCAAAGAGCCGGGGCCGCACAUCAAGGAGGUGGUGAGGAGGCUGAUCCAAGGAGCCCAGAAGGUUCUGGCCAUCGUCAUGGAUCUCCUAACGGACCUGCAGAUCCUCCAGGACCUCCUGGAUGCGGCUGCGCGGCGCGGCGUGGCGGUGUACGCGGUGCUGGAGGCCCGCGGUGUUCCCCACUUCCUGGACAUGAGCUCCCGGCUGCAGAUCAACGCCAUGCACCUGAGGAACCUGCGUGUGAGGAUGGUGAGAGGUGCAGGGUUGGCCCUGUCCUUUGGGAAGCUGCCCGGCUCGCUCUGCUCCAAAUACAUGCUGGUUGACGGAGAGAAGGUCAUGUUCGGCUCCUACAGCUUCACGUGGAGUUCGUCUCGUUUGGACCGCAGCGCCGUUACGGUGAUGACGGGUCAGAUCGUCGACUUCUUCGACAGCGACUUCAGAGAGAUGUACGCCGUGUCGGAACCGGUCGACCUCCACAAGGAGUUCAACAUCAGCAAGCUGCCGCUGCCCACCCCCGUCCUGAAGCCCCGGGUGGAGCACCUCCGCCCCGCGCCCGUCUCCACGUCCCGCUUCCAGGUGUCUGUCGGCGACUCCAGACAGGUCGACCUCAAAGUGCCGGCGCACAAAUACCACAACCCCAAAUACUCGCUGGUGUUCGGGAACAGUUUGGGCCUGACGGGCUCGCUGCAGGACCUGUCCACCCAGAACCACUCGCUGCUCGGUGGCACCAGCCAGAGAGACACGGAGGGACACGGGGACACGGCGCACCGCGUGUCCUCACCGAGUCCGAGCGCCACCGCCGAGGAAGAGGAGAAGGACGGGCGUGGCGGGGUGAGGAAGAGCGAGGCGGCUGCCGUGAAGAAGCCGCGCACUUCCUUCAGGAACUUCCUGAAAAACAGAGCAGCCAAUCACAGCGCAGAGACUCCACAAGAGGGCGUGGCAACUCCUCCGAGCCCCGCCCCCGUUGCUACGGCGUCUGAGGCCAAUGGCGUCGCAGGAAACGAAGCGGAGGAUUCGUUUGAGGUUCAGGAAAAACCGCUGAAGUUCAAACCCAAGAAGUCGCAGAAGAACAUCCAGAGGAGCGUUUCUCUGCAGACCAUCGACACGGCGGAGCAAGACGGACUGAAAAGCCGCUGGCGGCAUCAGAGAAAGAACUGCAUCCAGUCCUGAGAGGAGGAGCAGCGAAGAACCGCGUCACUGCAGCGUUUACCUAUUUACUGAAACAUUUACUGAAACGUUUUACUGAAACGUUUUACUGAAACAUUUUACUGAAACGUUUUACUGAAACGUUUUAUUGUAACGUUUCACUAAAACGUUUUACUGAAACGUUUUACUGAAACGUUUACUGAAACGUUUUACUGAAACGUUUUACUGAAACAUUUGCUGAAACGCUUUACUGAAACAUUUACUGAAACGCUUUACUGAAACGCUUUACUGAAACAUUUACUGAAACGCUUUACUGAAACGUUUUACUGAAACGUUUUACUGUAACGUUUCACUAAAACGUUUUACUGAAACGUUUUACUGAAACAUUUACUGAAACGCUUUACUGAAACAUUUGCUGAAAGGUUUUACUGUAACGUUUUACUGAAACAUUUGCUGAAACGUUUUACUGUAACGUUUUACUGUAACGUUUUACUGAAACGUUUUACUGAAACAUUUACUGAAACGUUUUACUGAAACAUUUUACUGUAACGUUUUACUGAAACGUUUUACUGAAACGCUUUACUGAAACGCUUUACUGAAACAUUUACUGAAACAUUUACUGAAACGUUUUACUGAAACAUUUACUGAAACGUUUUACUGUAACGUUUCACUGAAACGUUUUACUGAAACAUUUGCUGAAAGGUUUUACUGUAACGUUUUACUGAAACAUUUGCUGAAACGUUUUACUGUAACGUUUUACUGUAACGUUUUACUGAAACGUUUUACUGAAACGUUUUACUGUAACGUUUUACUGUAACGUUUUACUGAAACGUUUUACUGAAACGUUUUACUGAAACGUUUUACUGAAACAUUUGCUGAAACGUUUCACUAAAA